GCUGUAGUUGCUUCUGCCGAUACCAACGUCCAGAGCGACACAAGUAGUGAGGAUGUUGCGGAAAUUAAUGUAGUGGAGAACCAGGAGAAUCAGAUUGUUGUUCUUACUGGCCGCAAGCGAUCAGCGAGUCAUUUGGACACACCCAGUCAAGGACCGAGGAAGGUGAUUAACUGCAAGAUUCGGAUGUUGUGUACGGCGGCCGGUAGCGCAUUGGACGAGCUGAGCAACAAGAUGAUUAGAGAGGGCAAGUGCAUUUACAAGUUGGGAUUGGGCCAGUCGCCAUUCCCAAUCCCACAAUGCAUUGUCGACGAAUUACGAGCCAAUUCGCACCAAAGAGAUUAUUUGCCGGUUGCAGGGCUACCAGAGCUUUGUGAUGAUAUUGCAGCGUGGGGGACUGAUCGGUUGCAUAUAAACUACUCGCGAGACGACGUGUUGGUGGGGCCUGGCACCAAAGAGCUGCUAUUUGUGCUGCAGACCGUGUACUAUGGAGACCUCUUGCUGCCAAACCCGAGUUGUACGAGCUACGCGCCACAAGCCGCUAUUGCUGGAAGAAAUAUGAUGUGGCUGCCAACACACGCAGAGGACCACUUCGUGCUUCGGCCAGAAGUUUUGGAAGCGCAUUGUGCGAAAGACCCAGAUGCCCCUCGGAUUCUCAUUCUCAACAGUCCGUCCAAUCCAACUGGCUGUGCGUACCAGGCCGAUGAGCUGGAGGCACUCGCCAAGGUUGCGAGGAAAUAUCGGAUCCUCGUCGUAUCAGACGAAAUCUACUCGGAGUUGCAUCAUUCCGGGACACACUUAUCGCUUUCCAAGUACUACCCCGAAGGAACCAUCGUUUCGGGAGGAUUGAGCAAAUGGUGCGGCGCUGGAGGGUGGCGUAUGGGCUUCUGGUUGUUCCCGCCUAGCAUGGACUGGUUACGCAGCAGUAUGCUUGUCAUGGCGUCCGAAACAUACACUUCGGUAGCGUCGCCUAUCCAGCAUGCCGCGCGACGAGCUUGCGUCGAGCUCGCGUCGUAUAAGCGCAAGUGCCAGAAAACGCUGCAGCUUAUCGGUCGCUGGUUCGCUUACCAAUUGCAGAAGAUGGAUGUCGAAGUUCAAGUCCCCGAGGCCGGAUUUUAUCUGUUCCCGUGCUUCCGACGACACCGCAAGGCGCUCGCUUUAAAAGGCAUUUCGACUGACGAGCAGUUGUGUGCACAGCUAUUGCAGGAUACGGGAGUAGCAAUCUUACCAGGCUCAGCCUUCGGUCGCGCGCCAGAAGAACUCUUCGCGCGACUGGCAUUCGUGGACUUUAAGGGCGACCUCGCACUCUAUCUCAUUGAGAGCAUGCAAGACGACCCGUCUCUGGAGGCUAUUGAAGGUUUCAUUCAGUCGGUAUGCCCCAAUCUUGAUAUCGCUAUGCGCAAACUGGCGGCGUGGAUGGCUCUGGCUCGACCGUCUGCGGUUCCUGCAACCGCAGUCGUCGGCUUCUAGAUAGCCUUCGUCAAUAGAAACCGGUGCUCACCGCCGUACGCGCCCCGUUGCGUUGCCGUUGCCAGCGCACGGUCCAGUUGGAUUUUUUACGCGAAUGGGGACCCUCAUUGGUCUCCAGACCACUGACGCGCGAAACUGCAGCCAAGUUGAGUCCCUGUGGCGCACAGCCGUUUCUUGUCAAGCGAGAUCUUAUUCGCUUGGAUAUGCGAUUUACGCACUGCAACGGCCAAUGCCCAUGACAAAGAAGACUACAUUCUCGACGCAAAUGAGUUGGUGCCAGUGACGCCACGUUGCGCUUUCGCGCAAAAGUUCAGGGCGGACAACUUCUAUGAACCGAACUUUGCAUAACCCGGUUCCAUCAAUUUGAGGCGAGAAAGCAGCGAGCCUAGUUCCAUCGAAGUACAUGUAGAGCAAUCUCUCCAUCAACUACGGUAGCCUCCAUUCACAGCGUCAUCGAGGGUUGUUCGCCUAAACAAAAUGAACAUUCCCGUACAAAUGA